AUGGAGGAGACAAAAGUCUUUCGCUGGCUCCUUGACGUCGAGCCGCUGUGGCCUGCCCCUGUUGGAGGAAGCCAAAGCGCUCAAUCUACAGCGCACUGGGCGACUGGCACGGCGGCCCAACAUGCUCUGGGCCUUCUCGCAGACGGCGAACGCGCCAGAGCUCUUCGCUUUUAUCGACCGAGUGAUGCGAAGCUCUCUCUCGGGUCCAACCUUCUCAAACAUCGGGCAAUAGCAAAUACCUGUCGAGUCCCUUGGUCUGAGGCUGUUGUCAGCGAAGGUGCGAACAAGAAGCCAUGCUAUAAGCCUCUCGUCCCGAGCUCCAAGAGCCUAGAGUUCAAUGUCUCCCACCAUGGCUCUCUGGUCGCGUUAGUAGGAUGCCCUGGAGAAUCGGUAAAACUAGGGGUGGAUAUUGUAAAGAUGAAUUGGGAGAAAGAUUACACUACGGUAAUGAAAGAUGGCUUCGAAGCUUGGGCUAAUGUUUACGAAAUGGUGUUUUCAGCUCGUGAGAUCAAGGACAUUGCAGGGUUCGUACCGCCAAUACGAGGCAAUCAGCAGGACGAGAUCAGAGCCAAGCUACGGCACUUCUACGCACACUGGUGUCUGAAGGAAGCCUACGUCAAGAUGACAGGCGAAGCACUGCUAGCAUCUUGGCUCAAGGAUCUGGAGUUCCGCAAUGUCCAGGUGCCAUUGCCUGCCAGCCAGAUGCAUGCAAGUGCGCAGAUUGGAGGUGAUUGGGGUCAGACUUGUGGUGGUGUUGAGAUUUGGUUCUAUGGGAAGAGGGUGACGGAUGUCCAGCUGGAGAUCCAGGCUUUUCGGGAAGAGUACAUGAUUGCAACCUCGUCUUCAAGCGUGGAAAUGGCAUUAUCUGUGUUCAAGGAGCUCGAUGUUGAGCGGGAUGUCUAUCCCUUGCAAGAAGGGUAA